GGCCCGCGGCCUCAGAGCCCGCGCCGCCCGCGACCAUGAGCCGGGAGGCUAUCUGCAGCGCCCUGCCCACCAUUCCCUGCCACAAGCUCGCCGACCUGCGCUACCUGAGCCGCGGCGCGUCGGGCACCGUGUCGUUUGCCCGCCACGCAGACUGGCGCGUUCAGGUGGCCGUGAAGCAGCUGCACAUCCACACCGCUAUGCUCGACAGUGAAAGAAAAGAUGUUUUAAGAGAAGCUGAAAUUUUACACAAAGCUAGAUUUAGUUACAUUCUUCCAAUUUUGGGAAUUUGCAAUGAGCCUGAAUUUUUGGGAAUAGUUACGGAAUACAUGCCAAAUGGAUCAUUAAAUGAACUCCUACACAGGAUUGCAGAUUUUGGUUUAUCAAAAUGGCGUAUGAUGUCCCUCUCACAAUCACGAACUAGUAAAUCUUCACCAGAAGGAGGGACAAUUAUCUAUAUGCCACCUGAGAACUACGAACCUGGACAAAAAUCAAGGGCCAGUGUCAAGCAUGAUAUAUAUAGGUAUAUGUUAUUUUUGCUCAGAUUUACAGAACGGACAUAUAUGCAUUCAUUCCAGUUAAAGAGUGCUUCAAGCACUAUUCACUUAUGUGACAAGAAGAAAAUGGAGUCAUCUCUGAACAUACCUGUAACUCAUGGACCACAGGAGGAAUCGUGUGGAUCCCCUCAACCCCAUGAAAGUAGUGAUUCUAGUAGAGCCUCAAAGUCCCUGUCAGCAUCUCCAGACAAUGAUUUUUUAUCUAGAAAAACUCAAGACUUCUCUACGCUGUGUCACUAUCCAGUAAAUCACAGUUGCAAUAGUAACAUUUCUGCAGCUCAAAAGGGGACAUUUUGUGAUUACAAGACCACCCUAUGCUCUUUAACAGUAAUAAAUCCACUCCCAGCUGAGGGAAACUCAGCGCGACCACAGCCUGGCAUAGCCCAACAGUGGAUCCAGAGUAAAAGGGAAGACAUUGUGAGCCAGAUGACAGAAGCUUGCCUUAACCAGUCACUAGACGCUCUUCUGUCCAGGGACUUGAUCAUGAAGGAGGACUAUGAACUCAUUAGUACCAAACCUACAAGGACCUCAAAAGUCAGACAGUUACUGGACACCACUGACAUCCAAGGAGAAGAAUUUGCCAAAGUUAUAGUACAGAAGUUGAAAGAUAACAAGCAAAUGGGUCUUCAGCCUUACCCAGAAAUACUUGUGGUUUCUCGAUCACAAUCUUUAAAUUUAUUUCAAAAUAAAAGCUUAUAAGGGACUCUUUUUCAAGAAGAAAAGUCAUUCUAUAAAAGGGUAUUUUAUAUUUCUCUUGCCUUUAUCUUAUUGGCUUUAUAAAAUCCACAUGAGUAUUAGAAGCGUUAAUGAAGUUUCUUCUUCAGGUAAAUAUUAGUCUUCUUCCAUGACAUUAUAGUAUUUUUUAAAAUUAAUAUAUUAGAAAGUCUGCAUUUUGCUACAGAAUUCAAUUGUUUGUCUCUUUGGUUAAUUGAAAUUAUUUUUUAAAUGUAAUAAUUAUAUUCUUGUAUAUAACAAUGUCUUAAGGUAUGAUGCAUUUCUCAUGGAAGCCAUUUUCAUAUUCAUUUUCUUUGUGGGUUAUUUAUUACUUGUCUAAGAUGCAGUUUGGCUUUUGGAAAUGUAGCCUUUAUACUUAAAUUAGAGCUAGUACAGCAUUUCUAACCUAUAGUGCCAGGUUCAAAUCCUCACCAAAAGGUUGUUCAUUAAACUUUGUUAUCCAGAUUA